CUCUUGCCUAAAAAUACUCCUGCAAAAAGAUCUUGCCCUUUCCACGUCAGCCAAAAGCCCUUUUUUUUAUUAUAAAUCUACCAUCAAAAGCUCUAUGAUUUCACAGUUCAUGGGAAUCAAUUCAGUAUCAUUGAAAAGCGUGACUCUUUAUUCUCACUCUUCUAUUUCAUACAUGGACUCUUUGUUGUAGUACUAGUAUUUACCUAGUGAUAAAAUAGUUUCUACUUCAAUUGCUAUCACUUUCUCCAUCUAACUUCUCUCGAAUGAGAAUGGCUUGUAUUCAUUCACUUAUGACAUUCAUGUUUGUUGCAUUGCUGAUGAAUUCAGGCCAAUUGGCAUAUGGAAAUGGAUGCAGUUAUGUUCAAGAAGCCUGCAGUGUGACUAGGUACCCUGAUAUCUGUGUUCACUCACUAGCAUCAUUUUCAAGCACUGCUAAGAGAAGCCCCAGCAAGUGGGCACGGGCAGGAGUAUCAGUGACAAUAGGUGAGGUAAAGGAUGUUGCUAAAAACUUGAAAAAAUUGAAGAAAUAUCGGCUUAUGAAGGGAAAGAACAGAAUUGCCCUUUCAGAUUGCAUUGAAUGUAUUCAGGAUGCACUUGAUGAGCUUCACAAAUCACUCGAUGUGCUCAGAAGGCUUAGUAAAAGCACAUUCAAUGAACAAAUGAGUGACCUUCUUACAUGGAUUAGUGCAGCCCUCACUGACGAAGACACUUGCUUGGAUGGUUUUGAAGACCAAAAGGGAAAGCAAGUUAAGUUGCUUCAAAAUCAGGUUUUGAAUGCUACUUAUAUCACUAGUAAUGCCCUGGCUCUGGUUAACAAACUAGCAGCCACAGGUUUGGCAAGCAUAACUGUUCCAUAGAGGUUCUGAAUAUGGGUUUCAUCAUAGCAUGAAUCAAUCUAGGGAUAAAGAAGUCUCUGGAUUGAUCAUAAUCAAAGGCAGUAUGACUAAUUAGUAUGAGAAUAAGGCCAUCUCUAGCCAAAAUAUCUCCAGCUUCGUAUAGCCAUAAAAAUCUGUGUAGUUUCUUUGUUUUUGCUCCUCACAAGUGACAAUCUAAGUGA